UGGUGCCUGCUGGUUCUGCAGCCAAACAGGGGCAGAGAGUUUGUCUCUGAUGUUUCUCAUGGCUGUUCUCCUAGACCAGUCCCCAAGAGUUGAGCCAGAGAGCCUUUCACUUUGCAGUAAAGGGUUGAGAAUGUGAUCAACCCUUUAAAGCAGGAACUGCCUUCUAAUGGGAAUCCGGCCGAGAAACGCAGGGCAGGCUCUACUUCUGAAGAUAAGAUGCAUGCUUCCCGCUGUGCGAUGCCCACCAGCUGUUUGAUAAAAGGAAGAGGUGACUAGGGUUGCCUAUUAACCCUAGUAUCCCUUACAAAUAUCCUAGCCAGGCAAAUGUAUGUAAGCAAAGAAGACAGCACCAGGGUAUAAAACUGUCACAGCAGCUUGGAAGACAGAUGAUUCAGAUGUGGGGGACUUUCUUUUGCGUGCUAUUCAGAUAUGUUUGUCAUCAUGCAGUUAAGCAGGUGUUGAGGGAAAGCUAAGAGAAUGAAGGCUCUAAACCCCCAGUGGAAGCAUGAUAUGGCGGAGCAGAGCUGGUGCUGAAUUGUUCUCUCUGAUGGCUCUAUGGGAGUGGAUAGCACUGAGUCUCCAUUGCUGGGUUUUAGCGGUUGCUGCUGUUUCGGAUCAGCAUGCCACAAGCCCCUUCGACUGGCUCCUCUCUGAUAAGGGACCCUUCCAUCGCUCACAGGAAUACACAGAUUUUGUGGACAGAAGCCGGCAGGGAUUUAGCACGAGAUACAAGAUAUACAGGGAGUUUGGCCGCUGGAAAGUAAAUAACCUUGCAGUUGAGAGAAGAAAUUUCCUUGGCUCCCCUCUGCCUCUUGCCCCUGAAUUCUUCCGCAACAUAAGACUUUUGGGACGUCGACCCACCCUUCAGCAAAUCACAGAAAACCUUAUCAAGAAAUAUGGGACACAUUUCUUGCUAUCUGCUACUCUGGGAGGAGAGGAGUCACUCACAAUUUUUGUGGACAAGCGGAAGCUGAGCAAACGAUCUGAAGGAAGUGAUUCCAGCACCAAUAGCUCUUCGGUUACUUUAGAGACCCUACAUCAACUAGCUGCUUCCUAUUUCAUUGACAGGGACAGCACCCUUCGGAGACUUCACCACAUUCAAAUUGCAUCUACUGCCAUAAAGGUAACAGAAACAAGGACGGGUCCUCUUGGCUGCAGUAACUAUGACAACCUAGAUUCUGUCAGUUCUGUUCUGGUUCAGAGUCCUGAGAAUAAGAUUCAGUUACAAGGGCUUCAAGUGCUCCUUCCAGACUAUCUUCAGGAACGUUUCGUACAAGCAGCUUUGAGCUACAUUGCUUGCAAUUCUGAGGGAGAGUUUAUCUGCAAGGACAAUGACUGCUGGUGUCAGUGUGGUCCCAAAUAUCCAGAAUGCAACUGCCCCUCCAUGGACAUCCAAGCCAUGGAAGAAAAUCUUCUUCGAAUAACUGAGACCUGGAAAGCCUACAACAGUGACUUUGAAGAAUCAGAUGAAUUCAAGUUCUUUAUGAAAAGGCUACCCAUGAAUUAUUUCCUCAACACAUCUACUAUAAUGCAUUUGUGGACAAUGGAUUCUAAUUUUCAGCGCCGUUAUGAACAACUGGAGAUCAGCAUGAAGCAACUUUUCCUAAAGGCGCAGAAAAUUGUACACAAACUCUUUAGCCUUAGCAAGAGGUGCCAUAAACAACCCCUCAUCAGCCUGCCAAGACAAAGGUAA